AACGCUGGUUUAUUUAUGGAUCCAAUAACGGGUGGAAUACACUGGCUAGCCAAUGUUGCAGGAGCCAUUUUCUUUGCUAUUACCAGUAUGCAAGUUGUUGAAUUGAUUCUUGCCAAAGACGAUCCUAAACGCCUUUUCGGAUGCUUCAGCGUUCUCUCGUUUUGCAGCAUGGGUAUUAUCAAAUUAGUCUCGUUACGAUGUGACGGCAAGAAAUGGCGUAAUCUACUUAACGAAGCAGCACAACUCGAAAUAGAAGAAUUAAAAGAGGAAAGGAACCCCUCAAGCGCUGAAUACGAAUCUGAUGAUGAAAAUGAUUUCGCUAUAACAAAAUAUACUCGACGUUAUAAUAAAUCGUUUAACUUCACAUUUACACUGUUAUCGAGAAUUUACAGGUUUACGGCUGUAAUUUAUAUUGCAUCUCCUUUUAUUCAAUACACACUGUGGCAAAUGAAGGGUCAGAAAACUGUCGAAUAUCCACAUAUUCUGCCAGUAUGGACCCCAUUUGCUGAAAUAAGUAUAUUUUGGUACAUAAUUUUCAUUGUUCUGGAGACGGUGGCUGCGGUGUAUUGUGUAUGUGUGCACAUCGCAUUCGACCUUACCAUAGUUGGUCUGAUGAUAUUUAUACACGGCCAGUUCUCCCUGCUCCACGCCAAGAGCGAACAAAUAGCCGGCAGCGGCAAAGAAUGUACUUUGCGCAGGGAAAGAGACGAGCGGGCACAUACGAGAAUAAAGAAUUGUCAUCGUUUCCACAUUAUUCUUAUUAACUUAAUAAAACAUCUCAAUCAAUUGACAAAGAAUAUUUUGGGCUUUUAUUUCUGGUUGGCGACAAUCACAUUGUGCUCCGUCGCGGUCCAACUUAAAUCAGAUUUGAGCACCACACAAUUGGUAUCAUUACUUCAAUACUUGGGCGCCACACUCACACAAUUAUUUCUUUACUGUUAUUAUGGCGACGCAGUUCUAAAUAUGAGCUCAGCUGGUACAGGCAGGGGUCCCGAGGGCUCUGCGUGGUGGUGCUUGAGCCCCCGCGUCCGCAAGGAGCUCCUUCUCCUCAUGAUGGGAAUGUCGCGCCGCUACCAGCUGCACGCAGGACCGUUCUGUUCACUUAACUUGCCGUCUUUUAUACAGAUCGUCCGCACAGCAUACAGCUAUUACGCAGUGCUUCGGCAAAAGUCUACAUAA